CACUCCUUCCACUCCUCUAACAUUUCUGGUAUUUGGUCUCCUCCACAGUAUUUCUUACUUGUGGAUCCUGCCUCGCCAGCUCGAUUUCGCAACUCCUCCAUAUCUUCUCAUCGUCACCCCAUCGGCCAGUCCAACGGCCAAACCAUUCGUCCAUCUCAACCCUCCAUCCCAGACUCGCCUCUCAUGGCGACGACCGCAGCCCCGUCCCUUCCUCAGGAUCAGCCUGACCGUUCCGGGCGUCGCCGUCCAUUCUCCACAUGGGUAAAGAAGCUCACCAACUUCAACAAGGGUUCUUUUUCUUCGUCCAACGAUCCGUCCUCAACGAAUUCGUCCAAUACGAAGCGACCUAUCACCAAAAAGAAGAAACAGGACAAACGCGCUCCCUCCAAGAACAACAAUCCCUACCCGCAGUCUGGCACCAUCGGCACCCGCCACGGUGUCUCUACCCACAAUCACAACAAGACACACAGCUCUCCUUCUUCCUUUUCCACCGCCCAGAGUAAUGGCAGCCUCAGCUCACUGGAUCCAAGCCCUCCAUUAGGGUACGGGGACGGGGACGGGGACGGAGACGGAGACGGAAAUAGCCAUCGCAGACACACCGCCGGCGCGAGGUCUCUGGCCCCAACUGUAGCCACCGACCAUGAAGCCCAGCAAUCCAUCGUCGCUCCCUCCUCAGUUGCUGGGACCAGCCGCACCGUCGGCGGCAUGGAGUCGCGUCGUGGAGGCGACAGCACUUUCUCCUCUCCGGCGCCCUCGGUCCGUUCUCUGACCACCACCCUAACCACCAUCCACUCGUCCGUGCCGCCCAACGGCCAGCAGCAGCAGCAGCAACAACAACAACAAGCAGGGACGCACGGCGGCGGCACCGGCCACGGCCACGGCCAUUCCAGCAGCAUCCACCACGGCCAGAACAACAAUAACAACAACAACAACAACAACAACAGCAGCAGCAGCAGCAGCAGCAACAACAACAGCAACAAUAACAACAACGCGCAGGCGAUCCAAUUCCACCAACCGUUCCCGACCACCACGACCCCAGCGUCCGCCAUCCCCGCCCACCUGGCUCCCUCGUCCGCCGGCCCCGGCCAUCCCACCACCUACUCGAGCGCGACGGCCAACAACCUCCUCACCGACAACGCCUCGAUCCUCACGCUCGCGUCGUCCUCCCAACGCCGCCGCCGCCGCUCCCUCGACACCGACGCCUCGGUGCGCGCCCUGGCGCCGUCGUCCCUGUGGGGCGGCAGCCGCGAGUCCUUGCCCCUCAGCGUGCUCAGCGCCAACGUCGACCCGACCGGCAGCGCCGUGGCGCCCGCGCCGGCGGGGUUAUACCAGUCGCAGGGCGGGUCGCGAGGCGGAGGCGGCGGCGGCGAGCGCAACAGUGUGUACGCCAAGCAGCAGAACGAUGGCGCCAGCAUGCGUAGCGGGCUCUUGGGCCACGGACGGGCGGAGAGUAUUAGUGGGAGUAUCGGCGGUGUGUCGAGUCCGUUGGCGAGUCCGCCGGAGAGGAACACGGAAAAGGACGGAAAGGGGGACAGGCAGUAGGACGCUUGUGAGGUGUCUCGGUGCCGGCAGAUGAUGAUGUCUCGAUGCCUGUUUUUGCUGGUUUUGUGUUUUUGCGGUUCUCGAAGGCGGAUUACACGAGGGAGGCUCCUAGGCAAGGGAUCUGUCUAGAGGCUUGGUACAAGACCGGGCUUGGGAAGGGGUACAAUAUGGGGUUGAGCCUUUUUCUUUUUUUCUUUUCUUUUUUUUUCUUGUUUUUUUCUUUCUAUAUUAUGCUGGGUUCUUUGGCUGGGAGUAGGUGGAAGGGAUACCCAGUGGUUUUG